AGCAACGACGCUAACUGCCGCCAUCUUGUGGCCAAUGUGUGAAAUGAGCCGUUUUCUUAGUGUAAAACUUUCCACAGCUGUCCCACAAACGUUGAUUCGUGGUACAAAAACGAUAGUUGAACAGACAUGAUGACAGAGUUUGAUAUUUUGUGUAAUGUCGCUCUUUUUUUUUAACGUCCUCUGAGCCGCGCAGGCGUCAGCUAAAUGAAAGUGAAAGUAAAAGUGAAGCGGGUGCUGCAGACACUUAAGCUAGCUGUGCUCUGUGAAGGAGAAUAAUAUACGAUGAUGGUUGGCCACUAGUGGACAGUCCGGGCUCCAUGUAGUAUUUACUACCAGGUCAUAUGCCAGUCAGUGGUUUCCUGUGCACUCAUUGUUAGUCGCUCACCUUGAAGGAUCCGAUUGAGCCUCCUGCGUUUUCACCGCCAACCGAGGGUAAAAUGACGGACGUGGCAGCCUCAGGAUUUUUCGUCCUUGUUUUCGAUGCAGUUCUGGGUUCAUCGCUGUGGACCGGGCUGCUGCUGCUCGACUGCUCCAGCUGUGGUGGACUGGAAGGCGUGUGGGCCUUUGGAGCUGUAAAAUGGGUUUUCCUCCAUAUUUUCACCUCUGUGCUGACUGAUGGAAAGCCCCAGCCUGUCCUCCGCAGGUUGGUGGCGCUCCUUUGCCUUCUUCCUCCCGUGUUUGAAAGUGGACGCUUCCUUAAAGCAUCUCCAUCUGAGCCUUACUCGGGCCCAUCUCCCAACCUCAGCAUGCUCCUCCUGGGCCCGAUGGCCUCAUCUCUGGCCUGUUUAAUUUGGGAAAAGGGCCUCAGUGGGAAUGGAAAAACAAAAACGGACAGCGUCAAACUGGAUACCAGUGGGCUGCUUAUGAGGACACUAAAAUAUUUCAAACCAGACACUCUCUACCUGAUCGCAGCGUUCGGUUUCCUCAUCUUAGGAGUCAUCUGUGAUACGUUUAUCCCGUUGUAUCAGGGGAAGGUCAUUGAUAUGCUGAGUGGUAAAGUACUUGAAGCCGGCUUCGGUUAUGCGCUCGGAGAGCUGGUUCUUAUUUCUCUCGGAAGCGCGCUCUUCUCUGGUAUGAGAGGUGGUAUAUUUAUGUGCACCUUGGCCAGACUGAACAAGAGGCUGAAGCAUUUGCUGUUUCACACCCUCCUGAAGCAGGAAGUGCAGUUCUUUGAUGAGAACAACCCCGGUCGUCUUUCCUCCCGCCUGCACUCUGACGUGGACAGGAUGGGCCGCACGGUAGCGCUGAAUGCUAACGCCGUGGUUCGCAGCACAGUAAAAACCUUCCUCAUGUUGGUAGUGAUGUUACGCCUGUCCUGGGAGCUCACUGUGCUCACCUGCAUAGAGAUGCCACUCUUAGCUGUAGUGCAAAACAAAUACAGCACCUUGUAUAAGGAGCUGAAAGAGCAGAUUCAGGACUGCCUAGCUCAGAAUGCAGACCUGGCUUCCCAGACGGUCAGCGGGAUUCAAACCGUCCGCAGCUUCAAGGCCGAGGAAAACGAAAUCAAGAGAUAUCAGGAGGCUCUGGAGCAGAUGCGCGUAGUCAAGAGACGUUCAGGAAUCUACAGUUCAGUCUUUCUCCUAGUGCGGAGGCUGGUGUCUCUGGGGAUAAAGAUACUGAUGCUGUUACAGGCCCGCACUCUCAUCUCGUCCGGAAAGCUCAGCAUCGGCAGUCUUGUGUCCUUCUUCUUGUAUCAGAAGCCCAUGUCAGUCAAUUUAAAGGAGAUUUUGUACUGCUAUGGUGAAACGGUGGCCACAGUUGGAGUCAUUUCCAAAGUGUUCAGCUACCUGGACAGGACAGCCAAGUGUAAGGAGGAGGGAGAUUUAGCUCCCGACAAUCUGCAGGGAAGAAUUGUUUUCCAAAACGUCACCUUCAAAUAUCAAGAGAAACUUGCCCUGAAGUCAGUGUCGAUGGAGCUGCAGCCAGGGAAGAUGACGGCGUUGGUGGGUCCCUCCGGCGGUGGAAAGACCACCUGUGUCAGCCUCCUGAAGAGGCUGUAUGAGCCCCAGGAGGGUGAGAUCCUGCUGGAUGGAAAGCCGCUCCACCUUUACAAACACAAAUAUUUCCAUCAAAAGGUAACCCUGGUUUCCCAGAAUCCCGUGCUGUUCUCUGGCUCCCUGAGAUACAACAUUGAAUACGGCCUGCAGGAUUGCGGCAUCGAGAAGGUGAAAGAAACUGCAAAUAAUGUCAACGCACACGACUUCAUCUCUGAAAUGGAGAACGAGUACGACACAGAUGUAGGAGAAGGUGGGGGUCGUCUUGCAGGAGGACAGAAGCAGUGCAUCGCCGUGAUCAGAGCUCUGGUUCGAGACCCGCAGGUCAUCAUUCUGGAUGAAGCAACCAGUAAACUGGAUGUCGAGGCGCAGCAUUCAGUGCUGAAGGAGAUUUUUGCUCGUGGCCGGACGGUGCUGGUCGUGGCUCAUCAGCUGAAGACUGUGGAGCAGGCCGAUCACAUCAUCUUCUUGGAGAACGGCGAGGUCGUAGAGGAGGGGACGCACAGUGAGCUGAUGGACAAAAAAGGGCGUUACUAUCGUCUGAAGGAGGAGCUGUUCUCUCAGGACAGCCAAUGACCUGCUCGUGCUUUUGUCGCACAAAUACUUUCGUUUCUAGACAAAGAAGAAGUGAUGUUGUUUACCUGUUUGUAUCAUGAGAAAUGAACUGUUCAUCAUCAAAAACUUCAAAUGGCAGAAGUGUUACUGCAAUGUUUGGUCGGUCAGAGGAGCUCAAAUCGUCCAUCCUCAUUUAUUUAUCUGGGAGGAAACGUUUGAAGUGGAGAGAAUAUUAUAAUCAUGACCUUUAGCUACCAUGAGUAACUACAUUUCGAGAGUAUAGUUCAUAUAUGCAAUUUAUUGGCAGUAUUAGAGGACAAAUGUGGGGUUUUCUGCCAGUAAACAAUGUAAAUAAAUAUGAAUAUGACUCCACAUGGCAGCAGAACGGUCAUGAAAUAAAGUGACUCAGAUUUAGAGGUCGUCCUCUAAAACGAAGUGUUUUCUGAUUCUGUCGUCUCUUUAUUUGCUUUAAAAUGAUGGAGGGCUUCAGUGUUGGUGUGCUCUGAAUGUCAAGGACUGUUUUUCUCACUGCGUUUUGUGCUCCAUGUGUUAAAGCUUUGUUGUGAAUCACAUGUUAAACUCCUUAAAGAAGCCCUCGCUCUAACAGAAGCUCCUGUUAAGGUGAGACUUUGUCACUGACAUUCGUCACUCCUCCUGUCAGAGUUCUCAUCACCGGUGGUUUCCACCAUGAAUCAUGGUGUCUUUUCCUG